AUGAAGCCCGCAUUGACUGCAGGGCUUAUGGCCUCUGCCUUGUUUGUGCAGCAGGCUGCAACGACAAGCUGGGGUGACCAGCCGAGCUUCUCGAACCCCGUCAAUACCAACAACAACUGCACGGUGGAUCAGGGCAACGGCUUCGAUUGGUCCAAGCUACCAACCGGGGGGUUCAACAGCUACGACGGUUUCAACUUCGGUGGCUUUGAUUGCAAGGAUUCUUUCCAGCCCAAGAAUCGAAAGAGGACCUUGGAGACUCGAGCCAACUUCCAGUCGAAAUGUAUCCAAGGCACGCUUCCCAAAGGUGGCAGCAGCGGCCCGAAGAUCUCGUCAGGACAGGGCGACAAGUUUUCCAUCACCCAUUUCGACGUCUCGGUCGGGUUUGAUACCGAUAUCGACUUCAUCUUCUCCAUGCCCGAUGGCUCCAAGUGCAAGCAUACGUCCGCCUGCAAGGCUGGAGGUUCCACCGUGCAAAACUCUCAGUGCGGCGGCGCUCAUGAAGUCACAUUCCAGCUUCCACCGAAGGGUGGCAAGGACUGUGAUUUUGGUAUUCACUCAAUUGGCUUUGAGUGCCAUUCGACUUCGAAAACCACCACCACCACCAAGGCUACGAGUACCACGAGGGCAUUGACUACUACAUCCAACGUUGUGACAACUACCAAGACAUCGCCGCCAAGCACCACAACAACGACUAAGGGCGGAGAUGUUCCCCCUCCGCCGCCACCGGUUACUACUACCACUAAAGGGGGAGAACUGCCACCCCCUCCACCAGUCACGACUACCACGACUAAGGGCGGAGAUCUACCUCCGCCUCCACCAGUGACAACAACGACAACCAAAGGAGGUGACCUACCACCCCCGCCUCCGGUGACAACAACGACAACCAAAGGAGGUGACCUACCACCCCCGCCUCCGGUGACAACGACGACAACCAAAGGAGGUGACCUACCACCUCCGCCUCCGGUGACAACAACGACAACCAAAGGAGGUGACCUACCACCCCCGCCUCCACCAGUGACGACAACAACUUCUCAGGGGGGUGAUGUUCCUCCACCACCAGUGACCACUACGACCACCAAAGGAGGAGAUCUGCCCCCACCCCCUCCACCAGUGACGACCACUACCAAGGGCGGAGAUCUGCCUCCUCCACCUCCGCCGCCCGUCACCACUACAACAACCAAACCUAAUGAACAGCCUCCUCCAUUCACCUCAAUCUCAACGACUACGACAUCCACACCACCAGCACCUCCCCCGACCACGCUCACCUCAUUCACUCUGCCUCCAGUGACCAGCUCAACCCUCAGCACGACCAGCAGCGGCGCUCCCCCACCACCACCACCACCACCACCACCACCAACAGGGGGCAACGACUCACCCUGCCCGCCGGUCCUCCCCCGCUGCCUGAACACAUGGCUCAGCCUGGUAUCCUCGUGCCGCUCCAAUAGCGACCACGCAUGCUUCUGCCCGUCCGCAGACUUCAUCUCGAACGUGCAAGCCUGCGUGUCCGCAUGGGGCACCUCCGACACCGAGAUCACCGGGGCGCUGUCGUACCUAGCUGGAAUCUGCGCCGACUUCGUUCCGCAGAAUCCCGGCAUCUGCACCGGUGUGCCCAGCACCAUCACGCUCGUGCCAGUGCCGCAGACCAUUACUGAGACGGCGACGAAUGGCAAUGGAAGAGGGACCAGGCCACCUGUUGGACCGCCAGCUGGUGGUUUCACCAUCCCUGUCACCACUGUGACGCUUGUACAGACCAGGCAGGGUGAGACGAUCACCACCGCCUACACCGUCCCCCAGGUCGAGUUUGUGACUACGCAGGGCACCGGCACCGCAACUGCCGCUGGUGUUGGUCUGGUCCCUGCUGUGCCUGCUUUGGCUACCAGCACGGGUGUCAGCUCUGGAUCUGGAUCUGGAUCUGGGUCAGGAAGUGGAAGCGGUGCAGGUGCAGGUGCAGGUGCAGGUGCAGGUGCGCCCGCCCCAGCGGCCACUACAAAUGCAGCUGCCGCCGGCAACACUGCAACUGACACGCGACCAGCGGCAGCGACCUUCACCGGCGCCGCGUCCAGACAGAGCUUCGGCUUCGGCGCGCUCGCCGCAGUGCUUGCCGUCGUCGCGUUUGUGUUCUAA